AUGGCGUCGACCGAUGCAGCGACCAGAACGCACGCCAGCAUCUCCACCAAUCACGGCGCGGAUGCAAGACCAGCAAAACGGAACAGGAUCACGAUAGCUUGUACGUGGUGCAGGCAGCGCAAGUCCCGCUGUGACGGAGCAAGACCAAAGUGUUCUACCUGCACCGAUCACGGAUAUGAAUGCACAUAUUUGAAUUUAACACCCUUAACCAAAACCUCUGCGUCCAAAGAGUAUUUGGAAGCACUUGAGUCUCGCUUAGCCGCACUUGAAAGCUCCGUUGGUGGAAUAUCUAGUAGAGUGACCCGUAUUGAAGGUUCCAGAGCCGAUAUUGUAGACGCAAAUGCAAGUUCUAGCCAAUCACCACCGACUCAUACUCCUGAUCUUCUUAGUCUUCAGGAUGAUGAGGGAACGAUCGUUGAGACUCAAGAUCCUACGGAUGGAAUGGGCUCUGUCUCGUUCACUAAAGAAGAGGAGUCUGGCUUCUUUGGUUGGAAUACUUUCACAGAGCUCCAUGAGUACUGGCAACUAACGGGUCCAGGGCCAUCGUCCAACAUAUCAUUUACCCGCCUCAUUGUUCGCACAACAACCGCAGUCCUCAAAAGUGCCGCAUCGGAUGGAAGUCCGGCUUCGCCAAGCAAUGCCGCCCUUCAGAGUCAACUUCUUCAUGUUUCCCGGCCACUCUCUCCUGUAUCAGAUCCGUCCAAGGACUCAUACAGCAUCGCCAUUGGUACAGAACCCUCUGUUCUCCCACAAGAAAAUGAAACAGUGAAGAUGAUAGAGCGAUUCUUUAGCACCACGGGCGUUUUAUUUCCAUACAUCGACGAGGAGGCGUUCUUGAACACGUAUCACGAACUUACAUCUGCAAACAUUCGGACAGUACGGAGGUCAUGGCUUGGUCUGCUGAAUUUGGUGCUUGCCAUGUCUACGAGUGCUAGUCACGGUAACGGACUGACGGCGUCUGAGCGAUCUGCCAACUCCGACGUUUUCUUCCGUCGAGCUUUGGCACUCUGUGAGAAACAAAUCCGCCAUGGCACAAGCUUGGAAGUUGUCCAGUUUCUGUUGUUGAUGAGUCAGUAUUUGCAAGGCACUGAACGCUCCAUCGAGACUUGGAAUGUGCAUGGACUCACCGUCAAAGCUGCAUAUCAGCUCGGCCUCCACUCACGAGAUGCACUCAACCAAUACCCGCCGUUAGAAAGAGAGAUUCGCAAGAGAACCUGGUUCGGCUGCGUUGUAUUAGAUCGUACCUUGAGUAUGACUAUGGGCCGUCCUGCUUCCAUCCCUGAAAAUUUUGUCAAAUUGGACCUGCCGUGUUCGUUCAAAAGCAUUCUUCCUGCCGGAAUGAACUCCCACCAGAACUCGACCGACGAACAUAGUGUUGAGUUCUAUACGGGAACAAUAACCCUCUAUAAAAUCAUGGGAGAAAUCGUUGACGUCUUGUACGGUAGUAACUUGGGCUGUGGUGUGCCGGACAACGUGUUCGACAUUGCUUCGCAGUUACUGCAGUUUGAACAAAAGUUUCUCAUUUGGCAGCACUCCUUGCCGGCAGCUUUGUCGCUAGUAGAGCCGGAAACUCUCGAUUCCAAUGCAGACGAACACGGCACUCUUCGGUUCAGAGUUAUCCUCACUCUGCGCUUCCUAAAUCUUCGUAUUCUAACGCAUCGUCCGUUACUCUCAAAGUACCUCGAGUCAAUACGCAGCGCGCAGUCUGCCUCUCAGCAAUUACCUUUGCUGAAGCAAGUGGGCACGAAUAGCCUGCGGACUUGUGCCUAUUCCGCGGUCACUAUUAUCAAAUUGAUGCAAAUGGUGCUGAUUCCUACCAGUCCUGCUCGACAUCUACUUGGUGCCUGGUGGUUUUCUCUUUAUUACGCGUUCAAUGCCGCUCUCGUUAUAUUUUCCACACUUCUUGUACAGCAUCAAGCAAAUAUCUAUAACCAUCCCCUAGCACUUGAGGAUAUUAACCUGUCGGUGGGGUCUCUUCACCAAGCAAUCGAAUGCUUGAAACUGUUGUUCAAAGGGAAUAGAAUGACGGAGAAAUGCGUCCGAUAUACAACUUCCCUGGCUCAUCUUCUAUCUCUAAUCUACGAACCAGAAGGGGCGCAAGCAUUACGCUCGGGUAACUUCUCAACCGACCCACCUGGAGACUUUUCAUUGCGACGAGCGCCAAAUGAUUUCCAGUCGCAUGACUUGUUUGACUUUCUCGAUGCAACUGACUCCCACAUGGGCAUGAGUUUGGACGAUCUCUUGGGUACUUCGGAUUUCAAUUUCAUGUCUUCACAUUAG